AUGGCUGGAAAUGACUGGGUUCAAAUUGCACUUCGUGGCCCUGUGUUUUUAAUUCCAGGUAACCUGGCGCGUUCUGCUCUCUCAUCUGCUAAAUUUAGUAUUGAUGAUAUUCAAGACUCAUCCCAGCUACGCCGGGGCGCUCCCGUGGAACAUCAUAUCUUCGGAGUAUCCCAAAUAGUAAAUUCGGCCAACUCUGCAUACUUUGUUGCUCAGAGAGAGCUCGAAAGUCUCCUCAGUCCACAUGCAUUCUCCAUCUUCAUUGAUGAGCUCAUAAACUUGCAUCGCGGACAAGGGAUAGAGCUUCACUGGAGGAAUUUAUUCAGAUAUAUGCUAAGACAGCACAAUAAGAAUAAUACUGUCAAAGAACGCGAAGUUGACUAUAUUCGAUCUACUGGAAGCUUCCAAUAUUAUGAGCGAAGAUUUGCCUUGCUAAUAUAA